AUGGUUGCACCUACUGCUUUAAAGAAAGAUACUGUGGCAAGUGUGGGUGAAGAAGAUAGCAGCAAAAGUAGAAUUAUAGGAGUGAAUAAUACGGAAAGCAUUGAAGAAGACGAUGAGGAUGAGGAUGAGGUUCUUUUGGAUGAUACCAAGGAUAGCGCAGCAGGAAAAGAGGGAAACAGCGAAGAUGGAAGUGAGAAAGUGCGGGAAUCUAAAACUGUAGUGGUUGAUGACCAGGGGAAGCCUCGUUUCUCUUCAGCCAGCAGAUCACAAGGUAGCAAAAUAAAAUUCGAAUCGAGGAAGAUCAUGGUUCCACCACACAGAAUGACGCCAUUGAGAAAUAGUUGGACAAAGAUUUACCCCCCAUUGGUUGAGCAUUUGAAGUUGCAGGUCAGAAUGAACCUGAAAACCAAAUCAGUAGAACUAAGAACAAAUCCAAAGUUUACCACGGAUCCUGGAGCCUUGCAAAAAGGUGCCGAUUUUAUCAAAGCGUUUACUCUAGGGUUCGAUCUAGACGAUUCCAUAGCAUUAUUAAGGCUAGAUGAUUUAUACAUCGAAACUUUCGAAGUCAAAGAUGUCAAGACUCUAACAGGCGACCAUUUGUCAAGAGCCAUAGGUCGUAUUGCCGGUAAAGAUGGUAAGACGAAAUUUGCCAUUGAGAAUGCCACAAGAACAAGAAUAGUCCUGGCUGACUCCAAAAUUCACAUCUUGGGUGGAUUUACCCACAUCAGAAUGGCAAGAGAAUCGGUGGUCAGUUUGAUCUUAGGUUCUCCACCGGGCAAAGUUUACGGGAACUUGCGUACCGUUGCAUCUAGAUUGAAAGAACGUUAUUAA